CGAUUAAAUAAAUUAAAGGAGAAGAAUUUUUGCAUGGCCCAAUCCAUACACCAUUCUCUAUAUAAAGCCCAAAACCCAUCACUUGAAAAAGAAGCUUAUUGUUGCAGCAGCAGCAGCAAGAAUCAAAUAGUAAUGGCGUCAGGAGUAGGCAACACGAGCACAGCAACCGGAGCAGGGAACGUAGAGUGGCACGUAAGACCUCCAAAUCCUAAAAACCCAAUCGUUUUCUUCGAUAUUACAAUUGGCACCAUUCCCGCUGGUCGCAUCAAAAUGGAACUCUUUGCCGAUAUUGCCCCUAAAACCGCCGAGAAUUUCAGGCAAUUUUGCACUGGAGAGUACAGAAAAGCUGGAUUGCCUGUAGGUUAUAAAGGGUGUCAGUUUCAUAGAGUGAUUAAAGACUUCAUGAUUCAAGCUGGUGAUUUUCUUAAGGGUGAUGGCAGUGGAUGCGUUUCGAUAUAUGGACAUAAAUUUGAUGAUGAAAAUUUUAUUGCCAAGCACACUGGUCCUGGUCUACUCUCAAUGGCAAAUAGUGGACCAAACACUAAUGGGUGUCAGUUCUUCAUCACUUGUGCAAAAUGUGACUGGCUCGACAACAAGCAUGUUGUGUUUGGGAGGGUGCUUGGAGACGGUCUUUUGGUCGUCAGAAAGAUUGAGAAUGUGGCCACGGGACCCAACAAUCGGCCUAAACUGGCAUGUACUAUUGCUGAAUGUGGGGAAAUGUAGAGACCAAACUCAAAAAGGAAGAGCUGUCUACGAAAUAUUCCAGUCGGUUAUGUAAACCCUGUUGAACAAACAUCAUCUAAUCAACUGACCUUUGUCUUACAGUGUUGCCCAAUUUUCCCUGGGGAAAUAUUAAUUCUCAGAAUACAGGGAGGAACAAAAUACCUUGAAUAUGAAGGCAUUAUGAAGCUGACUAUUGUUCUAUGGACAGCAGCUUGUAAAAUGUUAGGUAAUACCAGAUGGAUAAUAUCAUUUUAGAUUUGAUGGGCAUCAUCUUGGUUUGCUUAACAAGUGAAAUUUCUUCUUUAUCUUCUCAA